AUGUUCACCUUUUUCUGGGGCAUCCUCUCGGUGGUACUGGGCAUCAAGCUAGUGCUCUUCCUGGUGCACCUGCUGCUGGCCAAGUUUGGCCGCAACAUUGGCCUGGGCACGAAGUGGACUCCGGACAAGGGCGAGUACGCGAUGAUUGUCGGCGCCAGCGGGGCCGUCGGCUCGGAGUACGCCCGCGAGUUUGCCUCCAUGGGCUUUAAUCUGCUCUUGAUCUCGCGCAAUGCCGCCAAGUUGGAGAAGCUGGCGGCGGAGUUUAAGGAGAAGUACAAGAUCAAAGACAUCAAGGUCCUCUCGGUGGACUUCUUCCAGCCCAGCUCCAUUGAGACGGUCCGCCAGACGGUGAAGGGCGUGGAGGACAUUGUGGCGCUGGUGAACUGCAUGGGCGGCUCCUAUCCGCCGAAGAAGUUCGCCGAGUACCCGCUCAGCUACAACCACGACAUGAUCAACAUGGCCGUGAUCACGCCGGUGCUGAUGAUCGAGAUGGUGCUGCCGAAGAUGCUGGAGAAGGGCAAGGGCGCCAUCAUCAACUACAACUCCAUGGCGGGCCGCUUCAAGUUUCCCCUCUUCUCCACCUUCUCCGCCUGCAAGGCCUUCAUGGCCACCUUCUCGGACAUUCUCUCGGUGGAGUACGCCGGCGACGGCAUCACCGUGCAGAAU